UGUUCAUCAUCAUCAUCAUCAAGGAUUUUCAUUGAGGAAUAAAAUCUCUCAAAAAGUCUCCAAGCUUUUGGAUAGCUUCUUCAAUGGCGGUUCGGGUUCUUGUUUUGGCUUCAGUUCUUAUAUUCUCUUGUUUUGCAGAGAUCGGCCAUGGCGCGGUUUCUUUCUCCUCCCUUCAAAGAACACUUGUGGUCACCGCCUCUCAUAGACAAGGACUUUUGAUGUCUGUGGAAGACAAAAUCACGGUGACAUGGGGACUGAACCAGAGUUUCCCGGCCGGCACCGACACGAGCUACAGGACCGUCAAGGUCCAGCUGUGCUACGCACCUAUCAGCCAAGUCGACCGUGCAUGGAGGAAAACCGAGGACCAUCUUUCCAAAGACAAGACUUGCCAGUUCAAGAUCGUCGAAAAGCCUUACGUCAACGCCAACGAAACCCUUGAAUGGACCAUCGAACGAGACACCCCGACGGCGACGUACUUUGUCCGAGCCUACGCUUUGGACGAGAACAACCAUGAGGUAGCAUAUGGUCAAAACACCAAUGCCGAGAAAAAAACGAAUCUGUUCGACGUCCAAGCGAUAACCGGCCGUCAUGUUUCGCUCGACAUCGCAUCCAUUUGCUUCAGUGCUUUCUCCAUUGUGUCGUUGAUGGGCUUCUUCUACGCUGAGAAGAGAAAGGGAAGGAAGGCUGAGCAGUAGAUUAAAGGUUUAAGAACCCUAAUUAAACCUUUCAAAUGGCUUUGAUUUGAAUGCUUUUAUGGUGUAGGUUUAAUAUUAAUUAUCUUUCGAAGCGUGUUGUGUUUUAUUAAUGUUACAAAGUGUACUAAGAAGCUGAAGAAAUCAUAGUAGGGAGAUAAGGGUUGUACU